CUCUGUGCUUGUGGAGGUGUCGGCCUCUGGGCGGAUGUUGAUAUUGUGUUGUUAUUGCUGAUGAUAGUGGUGGCUACGGUCCCGACCCCAUCUCCUCUGUAGCUGGAGCCGAGACAGCCGACAGCGAACUCCGCGGCCUCGAAGCGGUGGCAGCGGCGACUCCCCUCAGCCUCCACUGCCUCGCCCACCGGUACCCCGGCGCCAACCCCGGGAGUCAGGCCCCUUUGGGCAGGGGCGCUCGGAGGCUCAGGAUGGCGGAUUUCGACGAAAUCUAUGAGGAAGAGGAGGACGAGGAGUGGGCCCUGGAGGAUCAGCUGCUCAAGUACUCGCCGGACCCGGUGGUCGUCCGCGGCUCCGGUCACGUCACGGUAUUUGGACUGAGUAACAAAUUUGAAUCAGAAUUCCCUUCUUCAUUAACUGGAAAAUUAGCUCCUGAAGAAUUUAAAGCCAGCAUCAAUAGAGUUAACAGUUGUGUUAAGAAGAACCUUGCCGUUAAUGUACGUUGGCUACUUUGUGGCUGCCUUUGUUGCUGCUGCACGUUAGGUUGCAGUAUGUGGCCAGUUAUUUGCCUCAGUAAAAGGACACGAAGAUCGAUUGAGAAGUUAUUAGAAUGGGAAAACAAUAGGUUAUACCACAAGCUGUGCUUGCAUUGGAGACUGAGCAAAAGGAAAUGUGAAACGAAUAACAUGAUGGAAUAUGUCAUCCUCGUAGAAUUUUUACCAAAGACACCUCUUUUUCGACCAGAUUAGCAUUUAUUUAUAGAGACUUUCCAAGUAUGUUGUUUUUCCAGUGGUGC